GCCGAGGAGGCAGCAGGUGAAUCAUUAACAGCUUCUAGUUUUUACAGUCUCACCUGUUCACCGUUAAAUAAAGUGAAAGAUACGGUGAGCGGAAAUGUUCGGCUGUAUGUGACCGGUUCCGGUUUCCAAAGGAAAACAAUAACAUUAGCUCCGAGUGGACAAAAAGACGCAGCCACGCCGCCGGACGGGGACUUAGCAGUUCAGUUGCUGUGAGAGGAGGAACCUCGGAGUCGGAGCCAUGUUGUCGGCGGAUGAGAUUCUGUGCAGCACGCAGCAGGUGAUCGCAGGGCUGGAGGCGCUGCGAGGAGAGAACCGCGGUCUGCUGGAGAGCCUGCAGGAGCCGCUGGAGAGCCAGCCGGCGUCAGACAGCGGCAGCGUGGAGCAGGAGAAGAGCGGCAUCGUCCGCCAGUUACUGGAGAGGAUAGAGCUGGGGCUGAGCGAAGCACAGGUGAUGAUGGCGCUGUCGGCUCAUCUGGGUUCGCUGGAGGCGGAGAAACAGAAGCUGCGCGCUCAGGUGCGUCGCCUCUGUCAGGAGAACCAGUGGCUGAGGGACGAGCUGGCCGGUGCUCAGCAGCGGCUGCAGGACAGGGAGCAGGAGGUGGUCACCCUGGAGGAGCAGAACAAACACCUGCAGUUCAUGUCCUCCAUACGCAAAUACGACCAGGAGGAGCCGCAGCAGCUGGAUGACAAAGACACAUCUUCCACCAAGGAGUCUCUGGAUGAUCUCUUUCCUGCUGAGGAUGAGGAGCAGUCACAGAUGUCGCAGCCUCAUCACAGCAGUGCAGCAGCUGCAGCUCAGCAGGGCGGCUACGAGAUUCCCGCCCGCCUACGAACGCUCCACAACCUGGUCAUCCAGUACGCGUCCCAGGGCCGAUACGAGGUCGCCGUGCCACUCUGCAAACAGGCUUUAGAAGACCUGGAGAAGUCCUCAGGCCACACCCACCCGGAUGUAGCCACCAUGCUGAAUAUACUGGCGCUGGUUUACAGAGACCAGAACAAAUACAAAGAGGCAGCCAACCUGCUGAAUGACGCGCUCGCCAUCAGGGAGAAGACGCUCGGGAUGGACCAUCCGGCGGUGGCGGCAACGCUCAACAACCUGGCGGUGCUUUAUGGGAAGAGAGGAAAAUACAAGGAAGCAGAGCCGCUGUGCAAAAGAGCUCUGGAGAUCAGAGAGAAAGUUCUGGGCACAGACCACCCAGAUGUGGCCAAGCAGCUGAACAACCUGGCUCUGCUGUGUCAGAACCAGGGGAAGUACCAGGAGGUGGAGCAGUACUACGAGCGCGCUCUGCACAUCUACCAGAGCAAACUGGGACCAGACGACGCCAACGUGGCCAAAACCAAGAACAACCUGGCGUCCUGUUAUCUGAAGCAGGGGAAAUACAGACAAGCUGAAGCUCUUUAUAAAGAGAUCCUGACCAGAGCGCAUGAAAAGGAGUUUGGAUCUGUAGAAGGCGAUGGGCGGCCCAGCUGGUCCGGCGCCGAGGACGGCGGCUCCGGACAGGACGGGCUCAGUAACCUGAAGCGCAGCGGCUCCUUCACCAAACUCAGAGAGUCGAUACGGCGAAGCAGCGAGAAACUGGUCCGCAAGCUGAGAGGAGUCGGGAUGGAGGAACCAACCCAGAGGAAUGCUGGGAUGAAGAGGGCGAACUCUCUGAAUGUGUUGAAUGUUGGAGCCAGAGAGAGUCAGGAUGGCGCUCAGUUGAGCCGUCUGACUGAUGCUCGAGGCCUGAGCUCCAGCACACAGAGCCUGACGAGACGAGGCUCACUCGGUGGGACCAGCUAACACACACGCGCACACGCACACACACACACACACACACACACACCAGAGUCCCCUCAAGAAUAACUGAGUUGUGAAUCAUCCCUCAUUUGAAAAAGCAGUAAAUUAAUAUUUUGUGAACCCUCGAGGAAACGUCACAGUUAUCGUAAUAAUUUUUGAGACGUUUGUCUCCAAAAAGUGAUGAUUCACGUCUCGACAUAUGGACUUUGCACUAGAAGCUUUCCUUCCUGUUUGCUUGAAACUGAACAUCAUUCCCUCCUGGAUUCACUUUCAGUGUCCUGAUUACGACCAUUAACUUCCAAUAAUACCAGCAUCCACACUGUAAGAAAACAAAUGUUUUGAAAAGACCGUGUUUGCAUUAACCAGACGACGAGCAGGUGAUGUAGGAGGCGUCUCCUAAUGCUGCUGUGUCCUUUUUAGGUAUAUUUCUAUUAACGCUGGAGUUAUUUAUGGUUUUAUGUUUCUAAAGAUGAUGUUACAGAUUAUUAACGUGGGAAAUUCUCUCCUGAGAAGAACAGGGAUGUCAAGUUGUUUGCACGAUGAUCAAAACGUGAGACGUUUGUCAAAAUGUAAAUGUUACAUUUGGUUUACGAGGGACAAGUUAAAAAGUUAUUUGAUGUAUUUUGCCUUUAAGAUGUUCAAGUUGUUGUAAUUAUAUUUUCAUAAUGUCGAAGCUAAUGAGAAAAACACUGGUGUGGUUACUUCAGCUGUUUUGCACCACAGUUUUUCCACACUGAGAAGAAGGACCAACUUUUUUUUUAACUUGAGAAAUCCAAAAUGUGAUUUUCACCAUUUAAAAACACGUAACAGCAGCUCGACAGGAGGAACGCACAUAUCUGACAUUAAGAUAUCCCUCUUAACGGCAGCAAAUCAGUAAAUUGAUUAUUAACAUCACAAAAGUCUCAAUAUUCACCGGAUGAUGUUUUUACUGCAUUGUGAGUUUUUGAAGAAAAUAGUUUUAAGAUAUCUGGAUACCAAAAGUUAUUGUUGUGUGCCUGAGUCAAUGUUGUUCUGAUGACUUUCAGCCAGCCUUGGACUGAGCCGGACCAUUUACUCACAGCCCCUCGGCUGUCAUAUCAGACACGGUGGACGGUCGUGUCCUACCACAGACUAAACGUGAAGCAAACUGCACGACCGUGUGCACAAAGAGGCGAAAUCUAGACAAACACGUGUUGAACAAGUUAAAUCGACACAAUCUGCCCGAAAGCAGCUUAGACAAAGUUAGUGGCGAACCUGUGAAGACUGUCAAAACCUCGAGCAGCUGAAGUGCAACACAAGCAGAGUGAACACUGGAACAUGUGCAUGUGAUGCACACACAACCAAUACACAGACUUCAACUAUUCGACUUUGUUUUUGGAGUCAAUCUGCCCCUUAAAGUAGCUCAAUGUAGCACAAAUGAAGAACAAUUCUGAUGUUUCUUUCAUCUUAUAAUUUUACAUCAAUGCUUAUUCACUGAAAUGCCUGAAAUCAACAACUCACUAUUACAAAUAGUAAACAAGAUUUCUUUGUGCUCUUUUUCGUUUUGUUUCGUGAAAUUUACUUGAAGUAGUUUCGACUCAAACUGGUGACAUGAAUACAACGCCGUGUGAAUAAAAUAUACAUACGAUCUCUUUUUAUGUUGAUACGACACAGAACAGUAAGUGACUGUAGUUUUGUGCGUUUCACACUCAGGAAUGUUUAAAGUGAGGUACAAACGAGCGUGUUGCUCAGAAAUGUCGGAUCCCUGAUGACGACGUUGACCCCCCGACCCUCGUGGAUUUUAUUCCAUAUUUUUAUUUUAUGUCCUCUUUUGACUCACUUCCUCUUUCUUUGCUCAAACAUUCAGUUUGUCCUGUUUUCCCAUGAUGGAGAACUACUGAUUGUACAUUUGCUGUGGUCACUGCUGUUUGUUGUAAGGGCUGAAAUCGGCUGUUAGUUACUGUAGAAACUACAGUCUGUUAUUGAAAUACUGAGAAUGUUACAGACAAACCUGUGUAGAAACUGGACUAAAUGUCUCCUGACACUGUUUAUUCUGGUAAAUAUGAAUGUUUGUAUUUUAUAUUUGCAAACUUGAGCUGAAAUAAAUUACAAUAAGA